AUGUCAACCGGCCCGGCAGCCUCCGGAACGGCGGAACGGCGGAACGGCGGAACGGCGGAACGACAACAUGUCCAAGAGACCCGUGGGCAGGCGGAUAUUGAACUGAUGCCCGCAGGAGAGAUUGUCAAGCGUACGGCUGCUGCUGCUACGACUACUUUCGUUGCUGCAGACUCAUUCUUUCUUACCGACGACACAAACACCCAGAACGCAAGUGCAGAAUAUAUCUUCACCACUUCCACAGAUAAGAAACUCCAAUCCCCAGUCCCAUCCGCCAAAAUGCCAAACAUCACUACCCUCCUCUUCGACUGCGACAAUACGCUCGUCCUCUCCGAGGAGCUUGCCUUCGAAGCCUGUGCCGAACUCGCCAACGAGAUCCUCGCUUCGCGCAACAUCCCCGACCGCUACACCGGCCCGCAACUCCUCCACGAGUUCGUCGGCCAGAACUUCCGCGGUAUGAUGGUCUCGCUGAAAGCCAAGUUCAAGUACGAGAUGGACGACGCCGAGCUCGAGAAGUACGUCUCCUCGGAAGAGGACAAGGUCAUCGCCAAGCUCAAGGCGCAGUUGAAACCCUGCGUCGGCGCCGACCAGGAGCUCGAAAAGCUGGCCCGCGAGGGCAAGUACAAGAUGGCAGUCGUGUCGAGUUCGGCGCUGCGGAGGGUCGUCGCGAGUAUCGAGAAGGUUGGCCAGGACAAGUACUUUGGGAAGGAUGUGUAUAGUGCGGCGACGAGUCUGGAGAAGCCCACGAGUAAGCCCGAUCCGGCCAUUUACCUGCAUGCGAUGAAGGAGCUGGGCGUGACGGCCGAGGAGUGCGUCGCGGUUGAGGACAGCAAGAGCGGGGCGACGGCCGCCUUCAGGGCCGGCAUCAAGACGAUCGGGUAUACGGGUGCUUAUGAGAAGCAUGAAGAGGAGAGGAUGACCAAGGUGUUGACCGACGCCGGCUGUGUGGUGGUGAUGAAGCAUUGGGAAGAAUUUCAGGAUGCCUUGGACGGCAUUGCUAAGGGAAAGAGCCAGCUCUGA